AUGCGGAGCUGUCAAAAGCUACUGGUGCUCUGCAGCUUCGAGGAAGGAGAAGCUUGGCACAGUCCCAGAUCCUCCCUGACAGGCCGCGACAAUGCCUUCGCGGCCAUCGAGGCGCUUCUGCAGCGUGGUCUGGCCGAGGCGUCCGACGUGCUCCUUGCUGGCUGCUCUGUGGGAGCUGUGGCAGCGGUGGUUCUGGCAGACGAAAUCCGGCGGCGCAUCGAAGCGGUGGCACAUGGAGGCCGUGUCUUUGUGGCUGUAUUGGCAGACAGUGGCGUUUUUCCAACGUGGGCGCCUUCGGAAAACCCUCAAGGUACUUUGCACUUCCCCUCUUUGGCAGAGCUCUUCGACAUGGGCAAUGUGAGCGACGCGUUGCCCCGGGGCUGCCUCGAGAAAGGCUAUGGUUGGCGCUGCCUCCUUCUGGGCACCGCGCUGCCUCAUGUCAGGACCCCGGCGUUCGUUUUGCAGAGCCUGGUGGACUCCUGGUCCCUGGCCCCGCGGCCCACGGCCGGGGCGCUAGCGUCGCUGCAGGGCCACAUGUCAGAGCUCAUCGUGGGCUCGAUCCAAGGCCCCCAUGGUGCAGCGCUUGACAACUGCGUGCGCCACUGCAAGGCUUGGGGCGAGAUCUUCUGGGGAGGCGUCAGCAACCGCGAGGCCUUCGAGCGAUGGUUCCACCAGCGCAGGUGGGAGUGGGCCACGGGUGAGGACAGCUCUAUCACAUCUGUAGCCACUGGCUGGAAACUCCACCGGCCCCGAAUGCUGUCCAUGUUGCAACGAUGGUUCACUCUCUCAGUCCUUGCUGUGGUGUGGGGUAGUGCCAGAAGCGCCCAGGCUGGAGCGGAUUGCCAAGAUGAUGCGAGUUGUGCACAUCUUUCCGUGUUGCAAAUGCACCUUCUGACCAGCGACAGCAGUUCGUCCGAACCUGGAUAUUACUGGGCCUCCGGUCGAGGGAACUUUCCGGAGUAUGCAGUGUCUGUGCAUCCCGCUCCGUUCAACCUUUCGGCCACCUUUGCUUGGCAGUGGCAUCAUCCGCUGGGACGAUUUGCAACACUGACCUACGGCACAGCUAUAGAUGGGGACAGCAACGUCUACCUCUCAGCGGCAGAUGGAGUCAGGAAGUUUGACCAGCAUGGUGCCAUGCUCUGGGAGUACCCGUCGCUGCCUGCAGAGGUAAUGAAUGCUCCAGCAUUGUACAAUGGAAUGGUAUAUGGCAGCGACACUCAUGGUCACGUCUUCGCGCUGGACAUGCAGACGGGCAAGCGAAUCUGGAAGACCCGCGUGGCGGAGAACGUCGGCCAAGACAACGGCUUCAACAUGGCCCACGCGGGCAUCACGCUUGCAGCAUGUGAUUGGCGCAAGCCAUCUCCACACGGGGAGGCCAACCAGAAGAUCAAGGCGUUGAACGCCAGCACAGGAGACGAGCUGUGGACUUUCGAGCCGGACACACCUGUUUGGAACUUCUUGCCCCUCUUUGUGGACGACAGCUCUUUUGUCUUCCAGGACAUGACAGGGAAGGUCUACCGCCUGAGUUUGGGCACGGGAGCCGUGCUGUGGAAAGCCGGCGGACGGAAUGGGACAUGGACUGAUGGCAGUGCGGCAGUAGGCCCGAACGGUCUGGUCUAUGCGGUGAAUAACAAUCAUCCCAGUUCGUUUUUUCCCGACGCCGAUGAGUACUUUCCAGGAACGCUCAGCGCGUAUAAAGUAAGCGACGGGCAACUGGUAUGGGCUGUCACCACGCCUCGGCCUCCCAACAAUGCCCCGGCCGUUGGGUCGGUGAAGAACCUGCCAGGCUUCUCAGUGGUCAUGCCCUUGUGCCAGCAGCUCAUCCAUGGCGCGACUUGCGAUGUCCAUGUCUACGAUGCAGAAACUGGUGGCCUUAGAUGGACUUUCCAUGGACCUUCGCAGGAUGGCCUGCUCCAGGCUGGUGAUGCUGAGGGUCUCCUGAGCCGGUUCCAGAGUGGACUUCGCUUCGGAUGUUUUCCGAAUGGAUGGAGUGCCCCCACUAUAGACUCGCAGGGCACAGUCUUCGUGGGCAACGAAGAGGGCAACUUCUAUGCCCUCAGAGAUAUGAAUGGCGAUGGUGUGACCUUCGGAGAAGACGAGGUCGCGCUCUAUGACACGCAGGUAAGUUUCACGGCACGUGCCGCAUGGAAAGUGCUUUGGGUGCGUGAAGCGCAGCUGCCGACUGGGAACCUGCUGGCGGCACCAACCGGAGCUUUUGAGGGAAUUCUGGGGGAAACUGUGGGCGGAUUUGCGGCGCUCAAAAGCCUUGAAAGUCUCAAGGAAGGCAGCGAGAUCAAGGCGGACCACGCAAAGUGGCAUGCCAACGUGCGCCGGCUGUCUGACAUUGAUUCGAGUCUGAAUGGGAAAAACAAGAAGGGAGGACUUGGAGAUUGGAUUGCCGAGCCUUUGCCGAACCUUUGCCUCGCAAGCUGUUUUGGCUCCCGUGGGGGCAUCUCAAAGCAUGGCACGGUGCAUCUCACAUUUGCCUCUGCAAGAGUAUUACAGCGAUCGUGCCUGCAGGCGGCGGAAGUUGCCAGGAGGUUCUUCCCACCUUUGCACCUCCCCUCUCUGCUUGGGCAGGAUACAUGUGCGAAGCUCAAGCAGGAACUGGAGAAGGCUUUCAACAUUCCGGUGGAUGAUAUGGAGAUCUUCUUCCAGAACACAGACGAGGGCGCCAGACAGAAGUGGCUCCGCGACGAUGCCAUCCUCGAGGUCGAGGAUGUGCGUGAUGGGGCGAUUCUGACGGUCGGCGUGCACGGUGCUGCCGGCAAGCUUGGCGCACCCGGCACGCAAAGAUAUCAGUGCAAGGCGUUGGAUCCUAGCUCAGGCUUUCUUGAUUGGGUUGACAUGAAGGAGGGCUGUGUCGAGCUUGAGUAG